AUGACCUCCAGUGCAGACACAGGCUCUCCUCCCGCGUUCUUCAAAAGAAGAGAAGACAAGAUGAAGAGCUCUUUGUUGCUGUGGGUGGCCUUGGCAGUCUACUUGGGGUUCAUCCUUGUGGCAGGUUUUCCACGGUACUCUGAGGACGAGGAGUAUGUGCUGGUCAAUAACAAGUGUCAAUGUGUAACAGUGACCUCAAAGUUUGUCCCCUCAAAAGAAGAUCCUAAUGAAAAAAUCCUGGAGAGAAACAUACGCAUCAUAGUUCCCCUGAAAGCCCGAGAGAACAUUUCUGACCCCACAUCCCCACUCAGAACCAAAUUCGUCUACCGCCUGACUGAACUCUGCAAAAAACGCGAUCCUGUGGAAGUUGAACUGGGUGGUGAGAUAUACCAGGCCCAGCAGAGCACCUCCUCCAAUGAACCUGAAACCUGCUAUACCUACAACAGGGACGAGUGCUACACCACAACCUUUCCGUUCCUCUACCGUGGGACAACAACGAACGUUCAAGCAGUUCUGACACCAGAAUCCUGCUACACCGAUUAG